ACUGCGUUAGUCUGGAAUUCAACAAAGGAAUUGUGACGCGACGGUCACGGGACUUGUUUCCUUUUGUAAGGUGGUUCUUUCCUCGAGGCUUGAUAGCGGCAAUUGUUCCUGCCCUCACAAACCGCGUCUUUCUCUUUAACCACCACGAGGCUCUCUACCGUUCUAGUCAACGUUUACAACAGUGAGCUCGUUUAAUGGCUCCAUCCUGCGCACCACUCUGCUAUUUUGGAGAUAGACUCUACUUUACCACUUUCCCCCACCCCGCGCCAUCUCCCCAAUCACUUAACAGUACCGCAUCAAACCCACCCAAUGCUCCAAAGAUUCGCCCUCAACCCCAUAUGGGUGGACCACUCGGUCCUUCAGUCACCACCCCAGACGAUGACGCAGUUUACUACUACUUUACUGUCGACGACCAACUACUCUACACCUCAUUCUAUCAGGACUGGGGCCCACUUAACCUCGCAAUGGUCUACAAGGCCUGCUUAUUAAUUCACGGACUUUUGAAGGAUGAUGAUCUCAGCUCCCACCGACUCGUUCUCUAUUCUUCCGACGAUCCACGUCGCAAAGCCAAUGCAGCCCUGUUGAUGGCCCUGUACAUGUUGAUUGUACAUAAUUACACCCCAUGGCGCUGUUUUCAACCAAUAAGCGAACUAGAGUUCAUGUCUUUCAGAGACGCCGGUCGUGGUCCUUCUACAUUCAACCUUAGCAUUCACGACUGUUUGUGGGGUUUCUGGAAAGGAAUUCAAAACCGCCUUAUCGACUUGGAUGUGUUCGACCUCCAAGACUACGAGUUCUAUGAGAAGGUCGAGAAUGGUGACUGGAACUGGAUAACACCCAACUUCAUCGCAUUUGCAUCGCCUAGAGAUUAUGCGUGGACCAAACAGAAGAAUGAUAUCGAGACUGCUACAGCAGCAGCCCCUGCAUCUCCUGUGCGACCCGGUGUACCUUCACCAAAAUCACCUCGCAAACUCGCCCUACAACGUAAACUUAAUUCCGCUUUCUGCAAUUGCCUCGAAUAUUUCGAGAAGAAUAAAGUCGACCUCGUCGUGCGUCUCAAUGCAGAGCUCUACGAUAAACAACUAUUUUUGGAUCGCGGCAUCAAUCACCUCGAUCUGUGCUUCGAAGACGGGUCAAACCCGUCAGACGAAAUCGUCCGCACUUUCAUUGAUGUGGCAGACGCCGUGAUUGAGGGCGGUGGAGUCGUUGCCGUACACUGCAAAGCGGGGCUUGGGCGCACUGGAACCCUCAUUGGGGCAUAUCUUAUCUGGAAGUAUGGCUUUACAGCAUCAGAGGCGAUUGCGUUCAUGCGCAUCGUCAGGCCAGGCUGUGUUGUUGGUCCACAGCAACAUUACAUGCUCCAGAUGCAGCUCCAAUGGGCCAAGUGGGCUGCUGCAGAUGAGAUACGGCGCUUGCAAGCGGCUGCGGCCGCAGCCGCAGCCACCGCACAUGUCGUGACUCCUGCUACACCUCCUGCAGAACAGGACGAAAUCAUGCAUGAAACCAGAUCAACAACGCCACCCGCCGCAGCACCUGCACCUCUACCACCUGUUACCCCCGGUCGUGCUGUCGUAGCUGCAAGGACUCGCGAGACGCCACCGCCAGGACAGCCGCGCAAGACGCCUAUGGCAAAACGAGUCGCUAUUGAGUCAGAUGAUGAAGAAGAAGAUGUGGAGAUAGAUGAUACCCUCCCAGCUCUUGGUGCAGCACCACCCGUUACCCGGCCUCGUGCUAGAACAACAACUCGACUCUCGGGCGCAAGAGGUACGGCGUCCGAACAGCGCCCCACACGAGUGCUACGGUCAUCCGUGGCAAGCGUACACCAGAAGACUACUGCCGUCAGGAGCAGUCGAGCGGCAGCUCCAGCUCCCAACAAGAUACCGCGAUUGGCUGGAGGUACAUCGGCACGGAGUACUGCGGCCGCUGCUGCGAGAGGGCCUGGUGCCCCAUCGGCGCGCCGUGUACCCCAACCCCCUUCGCCUACCCCUUCGCGGUUACCGACACUCGCAAAGAAACAGAAUCCUUCGCUGGCAGAACUACCGAAUACACGGUCAAGCAAACCUGAUACCUGGAUGAAGGCAGGAGCCUCUGCCAUCGUCAUGCCUCCCUCGAAGUCGACACAACGCCCUGGUCCACGACCUGUUAGACGGAGAAGAAGCAGCUUUAGCGCUGCGGACGUCGUUGCAUAGACACCAUACCAAUGGAUCUGUCGCAAACUUAUUCCUGCUUUUUUUGCGUUCAUGUUCAGUCAGCUCUCGCGCUUUCCAUCAUCGACAAUAGUCAUCAAAUCAUCUUCAUUCAUUCUCUGUAUUUAAUGGCGAAUCUUCUUUCUGGCGCUGUAUAGGCUCAGUAUCUUCGAUAUCUGCAUGAUGUCUCACUGUUCACA